CUCUUCCUCUCCACGCGGUGGACGAGAGCGGCUGGCCUACGCUGCGCGUGCUGAACGAUGCCGGGGAAACUCCUUAGUGACGCAGAUUUGGAAUCAGACGCGGCCAUGGGAAAAGUGGAGAUACCACGAAAACAAAAUGAGAAGAAAAGUAAAAAAGAGAAGUCAAAAUUUAAUAAGACUGAAGAGGCAGCAGAAGAAAAGGAGGAAGCUAUUUCCCCGAAAACUAAAAAAGUUAAAAAGAAAGCAGGGCCUUCUGAGGUUGACAUGAAUUCUAAAUCCAAAGAGGCGAAAAAGAAAGAGGAGCCAUCUCAAGACGAUGUGAUUUCUCCUAAAAUCAAAAGUGUAAAAACAACAAAGGAGCCCACGGAAAAGAAAGCUGUUUCUUCUAAAACCAAAAAAGUUAAAAAAAAUGAGGAGCCUUCUGAAGAAGUAGGUGCUCCUAAGCCCAAGAAGAUGAAGAAAGAAAAGGAAAUGAAUGGAGAAACUGGGGGGAAAAGCCCAAAACUAAAGAAUGGAUUCUCUCACUCUGAACUUAACUCUAACUCUAAUGAAGCUGCCAGUGAAGAAAGUAACAGUGAGUUGGAGCAGGAAAUACCUGUGGAACAAAAAGAAGGUGCUUUCUCUAAUUUCCCCAUAUCUGAAGCGACUAUUAAACUUCUCAAAGCCCGUGGGGUGACCUUCCUAUUUCCUAUACAAGCAAAGACAUUUCACCAUGUGUAUAGUGGAAAAGAUUUAAUUGCACAGGCGCGGACAGGAACUGGGAAGACAUUCUCCUUUGCCAUCCCUUUGAUUGAGAAGCUUCUGGGAGAACUGCAUGACCGGAAGAGAGGCCGACCCCCUCAGGUACUGGUUCUUACACCCACAAGAGAAUUGGCAAAUCAAGUAAGCAGAGACUUCAGCGACAUCACAAAAAAGUUGGCAGUGGCUUGUUUUUAUGGUGGAACUCCCUAUGGAGGUCAAAUUGAACGUAUGCGGAAUGGGAUUGACAUCCUGGUUGGGACACCAGGUCGAAUCAAAGACCACCUGCAGAACGGCAAGCUAGAUCUCACCCAGCUUAAGCAUGUUGUCCUGGAUGAAGUCGACCAGAUGUUGGAUAUGGGGUUUGCUGAUCAAGUGGAAGAGAUUUUAUGUGUGGCGUACAAGAAAGAUUCAGAAGACAAUCCCCAAACACUGCUUUUUUCUGCAACUUGCCCUCAUUGGGUAUAUAAUGUUGCUAAGAAAUACAUGAAAUCUACAUAUGAACAGGUGGACCUGAUUGGUAAAAAGACUCAGAAAACCGCAAUAACUGUGGAGCAUCUGGCUAUCAAGUGCCACUGGACUCAAAGAGCAGCAGUUAUUGGGGAUGUGAUCCGAGUGUACAGUGGUUUUCAUGGGCGCACUAUCAUCUUCUGUGAAACCAAGAAAGAAGCCCAGGAGUUGUCUCAGAAUGUGUCCAUAAAGCAGGAUGCCCAGUCAUUACACGGAGACAUUCCGCAGAAGCAAAGGGAAAUCACCCUGAAAGGUUUUCGAAAUGGUGACUUUGGAGUUUUGGUUGCAACCAACGUUGCUGCCCGUGGGUUAGAUAUCCCUGAGGUGGAUCUGGUUAUACAGAGUUCUCCACCAAAGGAUGUGGAGUCCUACAUUCAUCGUUCUGGGCGAACGGGUAGAGCUGGAAGGACUGGGAUUUGCAUCUGCUUUUAUCAGCACAAGGAAGAAUAUCAGUUAGCCCAAGUGGAGCAGAAAGCGGGAAUUAAGUUUAAACGGAUAGGUGUUCCAUCUGCAACAGAGAUAAUAAAAGCUUCCAGCAAAGAUGCCAUCAGGUUUUUGGAUUCUGUUCCUCCCACUGCUAUUAGUCACUUUAAGCAGUCAGCUGAGAAAUUGAUAGAGGAGAAGGGAGCCGUUGAAGCCCUGGCGGCAGCACUGGCCCAUAUUUCAGGUGCCACAUCUGUAGACCAGCGCUCCUUGAUCAACUCAGAGGCGGGCUUUGUGACCAUGGUCUUGAAGUGCUCAAUUGAAAUGCCAAACAUUAGUUAUGCUUGGAAAGAACUUAAAGAGCAACUGGGUGAGGAUAUCGAUUCCAAAGUGAAGGGAAUGGUCUUUCUCAAAGGAAAGCAGGGUGUUUGCUUUGAUGUCCGUACUGCAGCAGUGACAGAAAUACAGGAAAAGUGGCAUGAUUCCCGGCGCUGGCAACUCUCUGUGGCCACGGAGCAGCCGGAGCUGGAAGGACCACGGGAAGGAUACGGAAGCUUCAGAGGACAGCGGGAAGGCAAUCGAGGUUUUAGGGGACAGCGGGAAGGAAGCAGAAACUUCAGGGGGCAGCGGGAAGGAAAUAGAAACUUCAGAGGACGGCGAUCAGGAGGUGGUAACAGAAAUAACAGAUUCCAAAACAAAGGCCAGAAACGGAGCUUUAGUAAAGCGUUCGAUUAGUAAUUGAAGUGGAAGAUUUAUAUGGCAAAACAGAACUAUGUUUGGCAACAUGGAACUGAACAUUUUUUUUCAUACAAAGUUAAAAGCACAUGUGUUUCCUUCCUGACCACUUGCCCCUGCCCAUCUCUUCCAGAGACAAGCUUCAUCUAAAUUACUUCAUCUGAUGAUGGUCAUUUAUAACUUUAUUGCUAUUUUUGUAUCAGGUUUUCCUUUUGAAAAGGUCUAUGAAUUCAUUGCAUUUUUAUUCUAAUGCAUUUUUAUAGAUUAUAAGAUAAAGUCAAGCAUGUAUCUGCCUAUACUUUUAAGUUGACCUGUCUUUGUACUUGAAAUUAUCUCUUAAUAGUGUUCUUCUCUGAAUACCUAUGCGGAAUGCUACAGUCUAUGGAGAAGUACCUUGUUCUGUAAUUGGCAUUUCUUAGCCACCUGCCUGAUGAUUGGCCUCAUGUGGUCCUGUAACAUGUCUUCUGAGAAUUAGUACUGAGUGAUGAUUUGAAGCAAGGUUUCAAACUUAGCUUGGAUGUAAUAAAGUUCACGACAGCCUGUGCUCUAGAUUCGGGGGAUGGUAAUACAUUUGAUAGGAGACAGUAUGUAGAUUAACUAUCGUUAUGUGUAUUUUGAUGCAUUUUUAGCUUCUCAGUGUAAGGUGAUAUGUGCUUCAGUGAGUUCUUCACAGAUUUUAAUAGAUGUUUUAAUAGAAAGCAAGUGUCUUUAAGGAAUUCCAAAUGUAUAAGAUGGCCCCAUAACUCUCUUCAUAAGUAAGGAGGCUGAAUAAAUGGGGCUUGAUGAUAAUGUAUUCUACUUCCUAUUGGAAGAUAACAUUAUUUACCAAGGGGGAGUUAAGGGAGUAGGGGGCAGAGAUUUGCACUGCUGAAAAAUAAAAACCACUAACAACAUUUUUCAUAUGUGAGGAGACAUCUGUUGAAAGCGAAGAGAAGAGCAAGUGAAGAUGCAUGAUAAAGCGUCCUUUUAAUGGUGAAAACUUUGUGGGUCAUUAAUUUUUCUAAUUUUUAGGUAGAAUGACUGGGUUUAAUUUCUCAAAGGCCUAGUCCCUUUAGCCACAGUGUAGGAAUCUUUCUAUUAGACUGUUACUCCAUUGGGAGGUUUUAGCUGCUUAGGAAACUUGUAAAAGGCAAACUGUGGUUAUUUUAAGUUGUUCCUUUGAGGAAACUGGAGAACUUGAUACAGUCGCUGGCCAGAUAAGUCUGUCUGAGUUUGCAAAUGUUACUUCUCUGAGAAACCUGCAUAAUCCUGGAGCUUAAGAGGAGCAUUGUCUUCUUGCCUUAAUUCCUAAUUAUUUUGAGUAACUGAAAUCUUUCCAGGACCUGGUUUCUCACACUUAGUCGAGUCUAUAUCUAACUGCCUUUUACUUGAUCACCUUACAAUAAGGGGCUCAGAUAGCUCACUCAGCUCUGAUUCUUGAGGCAGUGUUCUUUCUGUAUUUGGACUUCAGUGCCAUCUUUGAAUCCUGACUGGAUAGUUCUCAGUUCUCAGACAUUCUCUUGGCUUUUAUUCCUUGGUCCAUUUGCUAGUGUUACCACUUUUCCUCCUGUUCCUCGUGGCUUCCUGUCAAGCCACAGGGAUUUAGGGGAAGGUGUUAGGUGACAGAACUCACGUGCCUUGUGGAUUACAAUUUAUUAGAUGCUGGUUUUGCUCAGAUGCUGAGCAUACUUUAAUAAGUGAAACAUUUCACAGUUUGGGGAGAAAUGGGUAAUCUUAUUAAGCAGAUUAAAAAGACACAGUAUACAUGUCCUUUAUUAAAAUCUUCAUAUGGAUUAGCCUAGAAAAAUAAUCAGGCCUAAGUUAAGAGUAAGAAGGAAGAUUAUUGGAUAUUUUGCUUUAUGCAACUUAAUUUUAGGGAAGCAUGGCUAUGGCUGUUCCAGUAAAUGAAGCUAAAGUUUAUUCCGGAUCCUAGAAUUCAAACCAUAUUUAUAAAUGUAUAAUUUAGCUACUGCUUGGUUGAAAUGGGCUUGUUAGGCUAGCCUGGGGAAUGUCAUUUUUACUAUUUUCUACGGAGAAAAUAUUUUCUAAUUACGAAUUCAAUGAACUUCUAAAGUACAGCUCAUUUUUACAUUGGCAUCUGUGCAGUGGUUUCUUUACAAUUGUACAUAAAAUGUUUUUACUAUAAAAUUGAGUUAAUGUAUAAAAUACUGCUUUAUGCCAUAAUAAAGAUGUUAAUACUGUU